CUCCGCGGGCAGCCGGCGGCGGGGCCCUGCCUGCCGGCGCGGGGUCCUCGGCGGCCGGGGUGGCUCCAGCCCCUUGGUGCUGUCGUCGGCGAGGGCGGCCUUGAGGGCGGCCGCUGCGGGGGCGCGGCGGGCGCGGCGGCGGCGGGGCGGCCCGAGGCGGGCGCGGCGGCCGGGGAGCCGAGGGCGGCGGGGCGGCCGGGCGGCCGGGCGGGCGGUGACGGCGGCGGCGGCGGCGGAGGCGGCGAGGGGGGGAAGAUGGCGGACGUGCUCAGCGUCUUGCGACAGUACAACAUCCAGAAGAAGGAGAUCGUGGUCAAGGGGGACGAAGUCAUCUUCGGGGAGUUCUCCUGGCCCAAGAACGUCAAGACCAACUAUGUGGUGUGGGGGACUGGGAAGGAAGGCCAGCCGAGGGAGUACUACACGCUGGACUCCAUCCUGUUCCUGCUCAACAACGUGCACCUUUCCCACCCUGUCUAUGUCCGCCGUGCAGCCACGGAAAAUAUUCCUGUGGUUAGAAGACCUGACCGCAAAGACCUGCUUGGCUAUCUCAAUGGGGAAGCAUCAACAUCUGCAAGUAUUGACCGAAGUGCCCCCCUGGAGAUAGGGCUUCAGCGAUCUACUCAAGUCAAACGAGCUGCAGAUGAAGUUCUGGCAGAAGCCAAGAAACCACGAAUUGAGGAUGAAGAAUGUGUGCGUCUUGAUAAAGAGAGACUGGCUGCCCGUUUGGAGGGUCAUAAAGAGGGCAUUGUACAGACGGAACAGAUUAGGUCUUUGUCUGAAGCCAUGUCAGUGGAAAAAAUUGCUGCAAUCAAAGCCAAAAUUAUGGCUAAGAAGCGGUCUACUAUCAAGACCGACCUGGAUGAUGAUAUCACCGCCCUUAAGCAGAGGAGCUUUGUAGAUGCUGAGGUAGAUGUGACCCGGGAUAUUGUCAGCAGGGAGAGAGUGUGGAGGACACGGACGACCAUCUUACAGAGCACAGGAAAGAAUUUUUCGAAGAAUAUUUUUGCAAUUCUUCAGUCUGUGAAAGCCAGAGAAGAGGGGCGGGCACCUGAACAGCGACCAGCUCCAAAUGCCGCCCCAGUGGAUCCCACCUUGCGUACGAAACAGCCUAUCCCAGCUGCAUACAACAGAUAUGAUCAGGAGAGAUUCAAAGGAAAAGAAGAAACGGAAGGUUUCAAAAUUGACACCAUGGGCACCUACCACGGGAUGACGCUGAAGUCUGUAACGGAGGGUGCCUCUGCCCGCAAGACUCAGACUCCUGCAGCACAGCCUGUCCCAAGACCAGUUUCACAAGCAAGACCUCCCCCAAAUCAGAAGAAAGGUUCUCGAACACCCAUUAUCAUAAUUCCCGCAGCUACCACUUCAUUAAUAACCAUGCUUAACGCGAAAGACCUUCUACAGGAUUUAAAGUUUGUCCCAUCAGAUGAAAAGAAGAAACAGGGUUGUCAACGAGAAAAUGAAACUCUGAUUCAGAGAAGAAAAGACCAAAUGCAACCAGGUGGCACCGCAAUUAGUGUCACGGUACCUUAUAGGGUGGUAGAUCAGCCCCUUAAACUUAUGCCUCAAGAUUGGGACCGGGUUGUGGCAGUUUUUGUGCAAGGUCCUGCUUGGCAGUUCAAAGGUUGGCCGUGGCUUUUGCCUGAUGGAUCACCAGUUGACAUAUUUGCCAAAAUUAAAGCCUUCCAUCUCAAGUAUGAUGAAGUCCGUUUAGAUCCAAACGUUCAGAAAUGGGAUGUAACAGUAUUAGAACUAAGCUACCAUAAACGUCAUUUGGAUAGACCGGUUUUCUUGCGGUUCUGGGAGACACUGGAUAGAUACAUGGUGAAGCAUAAAUCCCACUUGAGGUUCUGAAUUAUUUGGUUCCCCCUUUUCUGGAAAUCUGGAUUAAGAAACACAGAUAUACAUUGAUACAAAGACUGAGACUCAAGCUUUAUGAAUUUAUCAGGAGCCUGACCAAUGAAGAAGGUCACACACCCAUCUCUUCUAGACUUUGAUGCUUUGUGCUUCAAAGGGGUGAUGCUUAUCAUCCAUACAAGCAAACUUUUGGCUUACAGCUAUUUUUUUAAUAUUAGCCUUCUAGCCUGUAAUUGAAAUUGUAUAUUUUGAUAGAAGUUUUUUCUCAUUGGUUUUAUUAGCAUUACGUAAAACUUGUUUCUUUAGAAAAUAGAUGCAGGAUAUAAAUGUGUGUAUAUUUAGAGAUUAUAAGGCUUUCUAAGCCAUCUUGCUUCUGAUUUUUUAUUGCUUUAUUAAUUCCUUUUACUGAAAAUACUAUGUUAUGAAUGGUGUUAAAUUUUAGUGUCUGGAACUUCCAAAAGCAAGCAAAGGGAUGUGAGUAUUUUGAAUGAAUGACAAUGCCAGCCUGUAAGUCUCCAUAUCUGCGUUUGUUCUAUUUACAAAGGAGUGAGGAAAAAUCAAGAAUAACCCUUCAGUUUCGGUUGAAUUGUUCAGCCUUUAUUCAGACGUUCCCUUAUAAAUGAAUACAGUUAAUGAAUGUACAUUCUCCUCCCUGACUUUGGUGAUUUUAAAACUUAGAAUGAUACAUUUCUAUCUGUGAUGUCUUUCAAUCUCAAAACACAGGUUAAAAACAUGAGGGGCUGUACUACUUUUUAUUUUGGGAGCUAGGUGUGAGUUGGCAGAAGGAUUACAUGUCAGCUCCAUUGCAGUGGAACUUGACUUCCUUUCCUUUUGUCCUAAGUCCGUCUUUGAUUCUUUAUGUCUGGAAUUGGGUUUCCAGGCUUCUGUUUCUAGGCAUGUCACUUUUGGUGUUCUUAUCUUCUAUUAUCCCUGAAUAUGAUUAAAUUUCAGGCACCAAAGAAUACAUUUACCGAAUUAAGUGAACAGAAACAAGAUAAAAACACUGGUAUUUUUAUGUGUGUAUUCAAUAUGAUAUAAAAUAUAAAACUUAUAUUUUAA